GGAACUAUUCGUUCCGUUUAUUUCGCACAUUAUUUAUACAUAUGCCUAGUCCAUACCAAUUUCUAUUUCAGUUAUUUGCGAAAAUAAAACAGCUCAUUAAUUUUUCAUAUUCUAAUUUUUUUAUGGUUAGAGAACGAUUUUAACCUCACUGAAAAAAAAACGAACAAUUUUUGAUCCACCAGAAAGUAAAAUUCAUGCGAUUUUUUUGUUCGCGACUUUAAUUCACCUGUUAAAACUAUCUUCAUCAAAUAUUAGAAAGAUUUAUGGUUAGUUCCGUUAGAGUAUUUCAACGCCGACCACAACUUGUUCAAGCAGCAAAGCUAGAUCAUAGUGAAUCGCUAAGUUUGAUCACCUGUCAAACUUAUCUUGCAGAGGUACUUUGGGCUGUGAAAUUGCUUUGUUGAGAAUAACCAGAUGGUACAAAUUCAAAGGAUUUUAAUCCCACUACAAGACCAUUACAAGGCCGAAACAGAUAUCAGGGCAAAAUUACGACUUCAAUAGCCGAGAGAGUUGCAUAGGGAGUUUAGGACGCACCCGCAGCUAGUAAUUGAUCUUAAGGUGUGAAUUGAUUACAGAGGGCUCUAUGGGCGCUCGAUACAGAACUAUUUGACAGGAAAUUGUCGAUUAAUCAAUUAUUUCAAAACGAUUCUAUCAUUCUUACCAACUACUUUUGCUUGCACACAGUUUACUCGUAAAAGUUGUCCGAUGAACUCCAACAACUGAACAAACUGAAAUCAAUGAAGGGAGACCCAUUAUUUGUUCACGUGCUGAAUUGUCUACAUUAUACUUCAGUUUCGGCCAACUUUGAGCUCGUGUGAAGAUUUUUUACUCAAAUUUACCGGCUACUUCUGCUGCUGUUUCAAUUUUUAUCAGUGCGUAGUCAACUGAAACCCAUUGGAGUUGCAUCAGUAAUGAGACAUGCUCAAAGGGUGCACCAGGACAUCGACUACUUCAACCCCCCGCAUCUACCCCCGAGUCCCUUGUCCCCCUCGCGCGAAAAAAAAGAAGAAAAUUAAUUUGAAAACUUCAUUCUGGAAGGAAAAAGCCGAACCAAUACAAACAUCGACGACACAUGCAAUAAAUUUAAUCGGUACUUUGGAUCAUCAUAUCAAAUUAUCAAAUCAGUCUAUCUCAUUUUACAAUCUAUUUGCCAUUUUUCUAGUUAGCUUUUUCUUGAUCUCAUCUCAAAGUUUAGCGCCUGUUUCGGCCAAAUCAGACAUUUGGCUAAUGGGCUCGAAAUUGAGAGACAAUUCCUAUUUUCGGCUAAAUGACAUGUUCGACCUUAUGCACAGGACGAGCAAUGCUUAUAUGUUCGAUCCAAGCGACAGUGUCGUUAGUUUAGCCGAGUUACGACACUCUCGUUCAACUGGCCUAAGCAAUGAGGAAACAUCAAAUAACAGUUCAGGAGCUCAGCUUCCCAGCCAAUCACAGCUGCAGAAUCAAAAUGAAUCCAAAGCACCAACUCGGGCAAGAAAACUCGUGAGGAGCACCCGAGUAAUCUUCCUGACUGUCAUUGCCUGUCUCCUCCUCCUCUUCCUCCUCAUCGUCAUCGCCCUCAGAUGCUUUUUGAGUGUGCGUCGGAGAAAACGACUGGUGGCGAAGCGGAGAAAGGAAGACGCAGAGCAAAACUUGGACACGACAGCAAACCAGAGCAGCAGUAACAACAAAAGUAACCCCACAACAUCCCCCGCAAGUAACGGAACCGAGCAGAACAGACAGUUAGCCGGCAACAAUCACAAGACUUCCGGACAGCAGUACAUGACGAGCUUCAAUCGGUUCUCCGAAUACUGCGAGCAGAUGGGAGGGGGAGGGGGAGGGAGAGGGGGAACGGGCACUGACAUGCAGCAGUUUCUGAUGCUGGACGAAUGGGGUAACAACGAAGAAUCAUUUCUAGGAAAUUCAAUGGCACGUGGAGGUGGAGGUGGUCACAUGUCAUUCAACCCCUCAGUUCGGACUCUGGAUCGUCAGCCGCGCUCCUCCUCCAUCACCCGCUCCCGCAGUCUCAAUCGCGGCAACACUCUCGACUGCACCUACGCUGUUCCACGGGACACGUGCUUUACCGAUGCACGACUAGCACCAGUCGACUCGGCUCCUAAUGUCACACUCAGCAGCAAAUUCCCCCGCAGACAGGAUAGCCUGACAGUGCCCCAUGCUGCGGCGAUGAGACUGCAGCAGGAAUGUAUGUUGCAAGCGGGCGCAGGGGGCGCUGCAGGGGGAGGGGUGGCAUACAGUCCAGGGAUGAUGAGGAAGACAUCCAGUUUUUGCUCACACGCUGAUUUCUACCAGCAGGCGUUGAUGCAUUCGGAGCCAAAAAGGAAACUAUUAACUGAACACGGAAUAUCAAAAUUGACCAGAAAAAAAAUGGAGCCUGUUCAUUUUGGCUACACAGAGAAAAAUUUCCACAGAAAACUUAGCAGAGCAGAAAAUACAAAUAUAAACAGAGAUCGCAAACUCACAGAAGGUUCUUCUUCACCUAUUAAUCUAAAAAAUAACCCAGCAGUGCAACGGCAACUGAGUUUUGGACCACGCGUAACUGAGUAUUCAACGUCCACGACGAAAUCAACGGGUUCGCACCUGGCGGUACGUCGCGUAAGCACCCUGCCGACACCGCUUUUACUCGGUCGGAUUUCAACUGCUGAUUUGCAUUCAGAAAGUAACGCGACUGAAAGAGAAUUACCAACGGAAGUUUUGGACCGCGUAAAUCAAGGCGCGAUGGCUCAGCUGGAAGCGCGCAAUUGCAUGAGUGGACCGUCCUCGCUGAACGUGUCAACUUAUACUCUCAGAAGACCAUCGACUGUGUCUAACGCCAGUUUCAGGAGACCCAGCAGUCGAGGACUUGUGUACAUGCACAAAGACUCACUUCUAGUUCCGCAUUCGUACAAACUAAGUCACCCAGGAAUGGUUUCAGCGGGUUCCUCGACGUGUCAUCUUGGACCACCUCAAAGCACCCCUCAAGUCCCCCCAGUUUCCGUCGCAGCGCCGGCGCCAACAAUGGCUCUUCCUUACGCGCCGCCGCCGCAACGAAGAUGCUCAACUUCGGCACGACUUGAAAGACAAAAAUCUCACCGGGACGAAGAUAACCCGCCAGCGUUCCUGGACGUACCUUCAAUUGGGGUGGAAGCAGAACCAGGGGGUGAUUCCCUGUCCCCGCUGCCUAACAGGAAAAUGCUUUUCAGGCGACAAGGAUCGCAGACACAUUUUUCAGAUACUCCCAACAUGUCAAUUUAUGACAAUCCGAUGUUCCCAGUACCUUUUGGGAGCACUAGAAAACUAACCAAUCAAGGACAAGACAGUAAUGAGUCUGAGACUUCAUUGAGUAAAUCCUUCAACAUUUUGACACCACCUACUAUUGUGGAAAUUGGCUGCUCGAAUCCUGACCUGACAGUGAUUCAAAACAACGCAGCUCCACCGCAGAUCUCGAUUUUUCAAAAUACAGCUUCUGCUCCAUCCAACAAAUCAUCAUCUCUUCUUAGUACGAAUCUGCUCCUGAAACCGCCUGAAGAAAAUGUGGGACCGGCUCUUAACAUGCAGCAUCGUGACGUGCAAGAAACUUGCUUGAAUAUCCCCGCAUCUACAGACAGAAGAAACUCUUCGCCUCAUUUCAUGGCGCUAUCUAAUCUGUCCUUGUACAGCGAUGAUGAUGCGAACAAAGAGGUCAAGUCCAAACGACUUCGAGAUGCCUUUGCCAAAAGCCAGAGUCAGAGUCGACCUGAAGUAACAAAGUCGCAUCAUGAGCUGGCAAAGCAAGGAUCCAUUUCCAACAACUUCAACUCUUCGUUGAAAGAAUCUAUUAGUUCUAGCUCAUCCAAAGGGUUCCAGGACUCGCAUUCCAGUUCCAGCGGACUCUCGACUAUGGCCAAUGCUGCGACUACAGUAAGUAGCCCAAUACCACCCGAGUUUUCUCCCAUCAUGGCCGCCAAUCGAUUUAAUCCGCGGGGUCAUCGGAGUCGUCGACGGAGCGGCUCUGGGAGACGCCGUCACAACUCACAACACAACUCAUAUCACUUUAUGCUCAGAUUGCGAACUCGGAGAACUUGUUCACAGUCUUACUGUGUGUGCAAGAACUGCAUUCGCUACAUCGACACGCCAUUCCAAAACUUUUCAAGCGACCUGUAUUAUGUUCUAGUGACUCGCAAACUAUGGCCAGGAUUGACCACUAAUCGUGGCCAUAACAGGGUAACUGCACCCUUGGAUAUCUUCAGUUUUUUGAAACAAAACGACACGUGUUACCCUCACAAGCGCUUCAAACUCAAGUUGAACAUAGUCCAUAGACAGAUUUUGAUUCUACUGGCCGAUAAAAUCAAAACAUCCCUAUGAUUUUUAAGUCAUUAAACUAUUAUCAUUAUUUUGCAUACAACAAAUCGCUUAAUUUUGCAG